AUGGCUUUAGAACCAACUGAAAUUCAAAUGGGCGACAUUGAGGUUUUGGAUAACAAGGACUUGCGGCUCGACGGAAGCACCAGUUUUCAAACACCAUCGACGCCCGUGACGACUUAUACCAGUCCCUCAGGUUCCAACAAGCGUAGUUGGGUCUGGGCCCACUUCAUCGAAAUCGACAAUGGAACGUCAGUCAAAUGCACAGUUGUAAAGCGUGGUGGCGAUCCAUGUGGAAGAGUGUUAAAGAAGGAUAAGACGGGGAGCACGAAGAGUAUGCAUGAACAUCUGAUGGCACUUCACAAGUUGGGUGAUCCCCAAAAACGAGCAAGAACCGAGGCAUCGAUCGAUAAGUAUUUGGCGAAGAAUGCGAAAUCGAUCCCACACGUCAGAGAGAUGUGUGAAUCACUGGCUUCCCAAGGAAAGAGCUUAGAGGUCUGUCUGGACAAUACUUCGGCUGAAUGGGUCAACUCAAACGACCCCAUGCAUCCUGCAAACCUGAUCUGUGAGCUCUGCCGCAAUUUUUACCAACUCGGCUGGGUGACUGGUACCGGUGGCGGGAUCUCAAUUCGGCAGAAGGAUCACGUCUUCGUCGCGCCUUCCGGAGUGCAGAAGGAGCGGAUGAAACCUUGUGAUAUCUUCAUCCUUGACUUGUUUACCCGCGAACAACUCCGAAGACCUUCGACCCCUUUGAAGCAAUCGGCGUGCACACCGCUCUUCUUCAAUGCGUACGAGCAUCGCAGUGCAGGCGCAUGUAUCCACACACACAGUCAGCAUGCUGUCAUGGCGACCUUACUUUGGCCAGGUCAAGAAUUCCGUUGCAGCCAUCUGGAAAUGAUCAAAGGGAUGAGAGUCAAAGGAACCGAAAAAUCGAUGAGCUACCUAGACACCCUUAUCGUUCCCAUUAUCGAGAACACACCUCACGAAGAGGAUUUGCGUGAGGACAUGGAAAAGGCAAUGUUGCGAUACCCCGACGCUCCGGCAGUUUUAGUCCGCAGACAUGGGACCUAUUCGUGGGGAAAAGACUGGGAACAAGCUAAAUGCCAAGCUGAAUGCUUGGAUUACUUGCUUGAGAUGGCAGUCAAAAUGAAACUGGCUGGCCUUCCGACUGAAGUCCAAACCGACCGACCAGCAAUUGAGCCCUCAUUAGCGGCUCAACAAUAA